AUGCGAUCUUUCGCCAUUCUCGCAGCUGCCGCCGGCGCUCCACUCGUGGCCGGCCUCAACUAUGCGCUGCCCAAGCAGCUAAUGGCCCUCGAGUCCGACUGCUACUACCCGGCCUCCUACGAGGUCCGCGACUUUGCGAACUGGAAGCCCGCGGCGGGCAACGACAACGCAACGACGCUCGACUUUACCUUUGUCGACGCGGGCGCGGGCAUCACGACGCCGUGCCACCUCAACGCCACCUCCAAGUCGCUGACGCCGGCCAACUCGACUCUGGCGAAGCGCUGGGCGUGCGACGACGGCCGGGUCUCGUUCAUCUGGCAGAAAGAGCAGCUGUGGAUGAUUGAGAAGGUGUGCCCGGACCAGCAGACUUCACCCAUCUUUGAGGCCUCGGGCUCCGUCGACCCGGCGCCACAGUGUGUCGACACGGACUGCAGCUUCCCUCUCGGCGACGGCCAGGAGUGCAAGCAGGCUGGCCCUAUGCCCGCCAACUUUACCAGCUUGCAGCCUUCUCCUCUGUGA